AUGUCGUUGACUCCAUUGACACCACCACCGCUGGCAGGCCCCACACCUACCGGUGGACCACCAAUUGUGAUCACCACUCCAGGGUCUGCAUCUGGUGCCCAGUCCAGUACUACAAGCAGCUCUAGCUCAAGCCACGCAAGCACGACAAGCAUCAGUUCCUCAAGCUCGUCCCAGAACGGGCUUAGCACCGGAGCGCAAGCUGGGAUAACAUUUGGGAUAGUGUUUUUCCUGAUAUUAUCUGUAUUGCUGUUCUACAACUUAAAGAGACGAUAUCAGAGGGCUCGGGACAAAGUCGAUGAUGAGCCUGCCCUGGUGACCUCGGAAGUUAGUCAAUACCUUCCCCUUCAUUUUGUUGCACCUCGAGAGAGAAUCCCUCCACCCCCACCUCCACCCCCACCCCAUCUCGGCGGGAUCCUACGUAUCCGGCUUCAGCAGGACCGCUACAGCACAUUGUCGCAGGCGACAGACCCUCAGCGAAUAGCUACGCAAGACGUACCUACUCUCCCAAACCCCCACGACCCAUUCUCAGCACCCGCUCGCCCUGCAUCACACUAUUCUCCAACAUAUUCAGCACCCCAUGAUACUUCGGUGACUGCUGCAACGAUGGCCACCUCUGAUGUGCCAGCAGUCAGCAGUUCAAGCAACUCCCAGUCUGAACGCCAGCUUUCGGAGCUUUACGCAGAUAUGAGUCGACAUCAGAAGGAACUCGAAUUCGAACACAAGAAACGGAGUUUUGAACAGGCUCAAGAACUGCAGGAGCCUCCGCCACAAUAUCCUUCUUGA